UUUUGUUUAAAUUUUAGUUCUACUGGUAUGGCAGUUUCUGACAUUGAAGCUGUGGUUGAAUUCUUGAGGAAAAAUGGAUUUUCAGAGUCUGAAUCAGCUCUUAUGGAGGAUAUUUGUGACAAAUCCCAACUGGGAUCCUCGGAUUUUCAGAGAUUUUUGUUCCCAAUGGUGCCUCCACUUCCCCCGGUUAAAAUUCCGGCCCCCGCAGCUAGGUGGUUGCCUCUGGUCCCUGGUGGAGGCGAUGCUGAUGAUGGUGGUGGUCAUCAGCUGAGUUCUCCUUCUUCUUCUUCUGAUGAUGAGGAGUUUGUCAGCUUGGCUUCUUCUACUACUGAAUUGUGUUCUUCAGACUUCACAAAUCCAUACGGGAUUCAUACUACCACAAGGCCGAGUUCUCAAGCUUCAUCUGAUGGGAUGUCUCAAUUUGGUACUGCACGAGAUUAUCAUGAGUUUGAUAUGCAAAAUGACUUAUACUGGUACAAAGAGAAAGAUGAAGACUAUGCUAUGCCUCCCCUCUUUGGGAUCUCAGACUUUGAUGCUGACCCAAGCGAGGAUAAGUUUGUCAUGACUGUAGAGACAGGGAAGCACGGGGAGAAUGAGCUUUGUCUGAACCAUAUAUCUGAAGGGUUUCAAUCUGAAAGUAGCACUCAUUACUAUGAUAGACAAUGGCCAAUAAACUCAAAGGAGAGUGGACAAAGUGAGGUUAUUAAAGAUUAUUAUGAUUUGGAAAGAAAUAUACAACUUGAAGAAAAUUUUAAGAAGGGAGAGGAAGGUUGCACGGGUUAUCAAUGUUCAGGCACGCUCUGUGCUUGCUGUGGUGGAGCAGGGAUAAAUCAUAUUGAGGAUCCUGCAGAUUUUGGAAUUCUAAAUCUUAGUCCUAGUCAGGAGGCAUCUAUUGGAUGUGAUGCAAACUGUUCUGUCAAGAAUAAUACAAACUAUUCUGUGAAGAGUAGCCCUAUGAAUGGCUGGGUUGGAGAACUGAAAAGUAGUGAUGACUUUCAAACUCACAUCAUUGAGGAAGAUUACCACCUGGGUGAAAUCGAAUCUAGGAAUCAUGAAAUGGAUGGAAAAAUCUGUGACCCUGAUCCCUCAGCUGAUGAAGAGGUUGGCACCCCUUCUGAUGAGCUUCUGAUGUAUGAGACUAAGGAAGAUGAUUAUGAAGUAUUCAGUCUGAGAAUCAUACACAGGAAAAACAGGACUGGAUUCGAAGAAAACAAGGACUUUCCCAUUGUUCUAAAUAGUAUUGUAGCUGGUAGAUAUUAUAUCACUGAGUACCUUGGUUCAGCCGCUUUCAGUAAAGUUGCUCAGGCACAUGAUCUUCAUACUGGAAUGGAUGUUUGCUUGAAGAUCAUAAAAAAUGAUAAGGACUUCUUUGAUCAGAGCUUAGAUGAAAUUAAACUUCUGAAGUUUGUAAACAAGCACGAUCCUGGUGAUGAGCACCAUAUAUUGCGCCUUUAUGAUUACUUCUACCAUCAGGAACAUCUAUUCAUUGUAUGUGAACUACUACGAGCAAACUUGUACGAGUUCCAGAAAUUUAACCGAGAAUCUGGUGGAGAGGCAUAUUUUACAUUGAGCAGGCUGCAGGGCAUUGCUCGGCAAUGUUUGGUGGCAUUAGAGUAUUUGCAUGGCUUGGGAGUAAUCCACUGUGAUCUGAAGCCUGAAAAUAUUCUUAUUAAAAGUUAUCGAAGAUGUGAGAUAAAAGUCAUUGAUCUUGGAAGCAGUUGCUUUCAGACGGAUAACUUAUCCCUCUAUGUUCAGUCUCGUUCUUAUAGGGCUCCUGAAGUCAUCCUGGGGCUAUCAUAUGACCAGAAGAUUGAUCUUUGGUCACUUGGUUGCAUACUGGCCGAGUUAUAUUCUGGGGAGGUGCUUUUCCCCAAUGAAGCAUUAGCAUUGUUGCUUGCACGUAUUAUAACAGUGCUUGGGCCUAUUGACAUCAACAUGUUACAGCGGGGACAGGAGACACACAAAUAUUUUACGAAAGAAUAUGACCUUUACUAUAUAAAUGAGGAGACUAAUCAAUUGGAAUACAUAAUUGCUGAGGAGUCAUCGUCAUUGGAGCAUCAUCUGCAAAUUUCUGAUCCUCUAUUUUUAAAUUUCAUAAGCAAAUUGCUUGAGAUUAAUCCUGAGAGGAGGCCAACAGCAAGGGAAGCAUUGGGCCACCCCUGGCUGUCUCAAGACUUGUUAUCCUGUCCGGAGUCCUGAAAUAGUUGGUCAUUUAUCUCUUGCUUGUAUCUUUACUCAGCACAAAAGGCUCACUUCACUUACUCUGAUUGGGUCCGUAAAUAUGUGGUUGCAUUUCCAAUUUGUAUAGCGGGUGUUGGACAUAAGUGGUUUUGCUUGGUUCCUUGGGAGUUUUUGCUUAAAAAGGCGGCAGGGAAUUGCUUUUGGGGAACGGCAAGGUGUUGAUAUUAUUCUUUUUUAGAUCCUGUAGUUUCUCAUGCAUAGAUCAUACUGUCAAAGCUACAAAGGAUUUUGAUGUUCAUAAUGUAUUCAUCCACAGCUUAUUAGAUUUA